CCCUAAAAUGGGUUGAUUUUUAAAACAUGGUGCUUGUCAAUUAACAACCGUCGUCUGUUAAAACACGCUAAACAAAAGGAGCCGCUUAAGUGAAUUCGCCCACGACCUAAAAUUCAGAUUUCCCCGUCUGUGUGAAAACCUUAUCUCUCCCUCCUUGAAACCUCUUGAGCUCCUCUCUCCUUCCUUGAAACCCUCUCAGAAACAUUCCCUCUCUCACCUUUCUGCUCGACGCUAUCGACGCAGCGACGCCGUCAACUCCAUCGUCUUCUUCGCAUCAGUCAUCUCCAACCGCCAUCGACUCCAUCUUCAUCCCAGACUUCGUCAACACUAGUAAACUAACGGCGUGAGGUCGACACCACUACUAAGAAGACAUACAACCUCUUCGAUAGAAAAGAAUCAGAGAGACAGAGGCAAAGAGGUGACGGUCAUCGUCUAUCUCUCGAUGGCUCUCUCUUGCCGGAGUUCUCUCUCUCUAGCUCGCUCGAUCUCUCUUGCUGGCUGGCUCCAUGAGAGCCUCCCUUCCUCCAUUCCACAGAAAAAGGUCUGAUCUCCUCAAAGCUGAAAGACUUUAACCAUGGCACCCUCCCUCUUCUCUCUACUGCUCCUCUGCCCCUGCAUUGUUUGCACUGAACUAGUUCGUGGUGCAAAGAACAAGAGGCUCUGGGUUAAGGGACUCGUGGGAAUGCCAACCAAGGUUCUGCACAUUACCACCAGGAAGUCCCCUUGUGGUGAAGGUACCAACACAUGGGACAGAUUUGAGUUGCGUGCCCACAAGAAGCAAUUUCUUACACCAUCGAAGUGGUUUUAAUGAAGCUACUACUAGUGUGGGGGAAGUAGUGUUGGUUCAACCUGCUCUUAAAUGCAAGGGAAAAGUGAUGAUGAUGAAGGUAUAGCUAUGUAUACAUAUGAAGAACUUGACUUGAAGGAUAAUUAGGUAUAAGAAUUUUGGUGUAUUAUUGUAAUUAGGCUUGCAGCUUGCAGCUAGCACCCCUAGAGUACUUUCAUUUUUUUUUAUUUUGUUUUGUUCUAUUGUACUCUUGAUAUUCCAUUUAUGAAAGAAACAAUA